AUCUCUGCAUUGUUUACUUUCUUGCGUUGUCGAUAUCCCAAUCCGUUCCAACAAAACUUUCAUAUAUUAAUAUUGUUAGAGAGUGAUAUAAAAUCCAACAUAACCUUUUCCAACAAUUCGAGUUAUUGAGACCAACUGGUUUAUGACAUGGUAUCUGACAGGGCCAUAACUCACAGUCACAGGUCCCUGGAUCGAAACCAGACUCUGAUACCAAAUUAUAAACCAAUCAAGUUCAAUAACUCGAAUUAGUGGGAGAAAGUUAUAUAUGCUGACAAAUAUCAACCUUCUCCAUACUGCUAUAUAAAAUAUUCUCCUAAACCAAAGUGAUUUCAUCAAACAAAACACCUUCUUACACCACCACCAUGGCCUCCACAACACUCAAACUCUCCACACUCCUCACCAUCGUAAUCUCACUCACCACCACCAUCAACCUCCAACUCUCCACCGCCGGCGACCCGGACAUCCUCUCCGACUUCAUCCUCCCGCCAAACACACCAUCCCCACCGGACCCCUCAUUCUUCACCUUCACCGCCUUCCGCUCCCUCCUCCAACCCUCCAACCUCACCACAUACAACACCCUCAAGGCCUCCGCCGCCGAGUUCCCCGCCCUCAAUGGCCAGAGCGUCUCCCUCGCCGCCCUCCGCUUCCCGCCGGGCACCACCAGCCCGCCCCACGCCCGCCCGCGCUCCGCCGGGCUGAUGCUCCUCCUCGCCGGGACCCUCGAGGUCGGGUUCGUCGACACCUCCGGCAGGCUGUUCGACAGGAAGCUUCGGGCCGGGGACAUGUUCGUUUUCCCCAAGGGGUUGGUCCAUUUUCAGUGUAACGGUGGUGGAGAGGCGGCGUUUGCGUUGGCUGCGUUUGGGAGCGCGGACGCCGGGACGGUGUCGGUGCCGGAGACGCUGUUCGGGACGGGGAUUGACGAUGAGGUGUUGGCGGAGAGCUUUAAGACUGGAGUUGAUACUAUUCGUGCUCUCAAGGCUGGUCUUGCCAACGCUGAGCAUUGAAUAGUAGUAUUUGUCGUUUGUCGCAUAUUCGCAUUUAGUUUUGUUUUGGGUUAAAUGUUGUUCUUGUUAUUUUUUUUAUAACGGUGAAAAUGAUAAUAUUAAAGAAAAAUAGAAGAGUAGCAAACAGCUGCACGAGAGAUGCGAGGAACCAAGGACAAAAGGAAAAAACAAAAGAAACAGACCAAAGCAAACUCAGGGGACUAAGCCAAACAGGAGGCUCCUGCAACCCCAAAACUAAUAGGCAACAACUAAACAAGACCAACGAGAGACAUACAUACCCAAGUACUGCUGAACUAAAGAGAAAAUGGAACCAAACCAAACACUAACAACCGAACACUAACACUUGUGCCCGAAAUGCACGCUAGAGCCCUCGAACCCCAGAAAAAGGACAGCAGCAACAUGAGCAGCGGCCAGCGGGGUCAAAGCUUCCUGAGAUUCACGUUCAGCCAUUGAAUACCGAGUCUCCUAUCAUCCUUCCCAUGAGUGCAGAUCCAUUCUACGACGGCUCUGACGAUCUUGCGGGUAACCACAAUAGCCAAGGUACAACUACCAUUGAAAAUCCGCUGAUUACGUUCAAGCCAAGUGAACCAACAGACAGCAUGAAAGAUACAACACAUGAACCAAUUUUGCACACUGUCGGGGUCACGAUCAGGCCAAUAUUGAAUAACCAUGCGAAUGUCUCCCAUAGGUUGCACCACAAGAUCGCACGCCCUGCUGAUCCUAGUCCAAACCUCCUGAACAAAAGGGCAUUCCACGAACAGAUGGGAAGCAGAUUCUUCCUGAUUUUUGCACAGUUCACAGCGAUUGGCUAAAGCCAGACCUUUGCUCUUCAUCUUGUCCAAGGUAUUGAGCUUUCUAUGAAACAACGUCCAGACGAAAAAACAAAUCUUGGUGGGAAUGAUUUGUCUCCAAAUCAAAGCUGCAAGGAAGUUUGGUUCCCUGGAAAAAGCUCGCCCGCCAUCGACCUGUACAUAGCAGACACAGAAAAUCAGGUCUCCGGAUUCGGAAGCCAAACAAGCCUACAAGGACCGUUAGAGAUUCUCUCGGUUGCUCGCGAGUUAAGCAAAGAUAAAAGAUCAAAAUUUUCCCUCUCCGCUCCCCCUCUCAAAGAAACAUUAAGAGAUAGAUCCCAUCCCGCUUCCUCACCUGUAUUAUUAAAGCGAGUUUAAUUUUUUUUAUAUUGUAAGAAAAAUUUAAACAAUUU